CAAUUUAGUAAUGUGGUAUUUGAGUAUGCAGUUAGUUUAUUAAAUAAUUGAAAAAUAUUCUUUAUCUCUCAUAUCAUUUGUCUGUUCAAACAGUUGGAUGACAAUAACAAAAUACUUCUGUAUUUAUGCGCUUUAUCAAAUAAUAACGAUUAUAGUCUGAUUACACGGGAGUUAAUACGGACUACUUUGGCUUAAUGAUUAGCUUGUGCGAUGAUAAUGUUUUUAGGAAGUUAAAUGACCGUCGCAAUAUAACAUAAACACAGUAAGUACACUGACCUACAUAUCAACACUCGUAAAUUAUCUUUCAAGUAUCAAGUGACAAUAAACAUUAUUUACAAGUUACAUAGUUAAUAAAUCAAUACAAACGUCGUUUAUAGAUAGUAAAGACUUAAAAGAGGAAAUAAGAAGGAAUAGAUGUUGUUUACGAACUAAAAUAAACGGAUUUUGUAAUGAUAAUUAAGAAGCAUCCUCGUAUAUAUACAUGUGCUUUUUUUGAUCAUGUGUCAGAUCAGUGGAUUACAGGGCAACCAUGCAGCUGAAUGAUAAUAUGUAAAUGACUACAAUCUUGCGUAAUUUAAUCAAGGAAUUAACUGAUAUAAGGUUUCGGAUUUUACCAUGUGUGCUGUACUUAAAACACGACCAUUUCUAUGUGACGAAAAUAGUAUUGAUUGAUAAUGGAGACAGACUUUAAAUUAACUGUUCGGAUUAAUGCGCGCGAAACUGGGGAUGCCGUCUGCUUUAAACACGAUGGACAAAGGUUCGAGCAGAUGCACACAGUCAAACUGAACGCCAACACCGAAUAUGAACUCAUUUUUACGCUGCAUCCGGCCCAAUAUAUCGAAAAACUAUUGAUAGACGGAGAACAUCAUAAGGUGGAGAUUUGCCAUGACGACAAGGACGAGUACGAAGAUAUUAGAACGUAUAAAACGCAUUACGAAACAGUUGGCUAUGAUGUCUGUAAAAGAGGAAAAAGAAAGGAAUUGCUUCUUGUUCUGGAGCUGGAAAACGGAGUGUAUAUGAAGAUAGCCAUACAGUGUAAGCUGUAUAAAGCUGGAGAGACUAACCAUUCGCACUGGGGUCAGAAACUGGCCGGUCUAGAACUUGGUUGUAAGAUGGAAGAAGGCCACAAUUAUGUACAGGUCCUAAAGGAAAAAUACUACUGAAAAAUCCUGCGAUUUAGUGCCGUGUGAAGAACAGACUGGUAUGUCUGGUUCAGAAUUUCUGAAAGUCUUUACACAGUUAGAUCGCUAAAUGUCGACAUUGCUAAACGUCGAAUCAUUCUGUUCCGUAGACGCGUUUUGAAAGCAGACAAAGUUUGCAGUGAUUGUUUGUAGCAAAACGUGGUUACUCUUUUCCAUAUGCAUGAUAAUGCAAGCAUUAUGUACAGUUAUUUAUAUUAGAGUGCAUCUUAAUUAACAGUUGCAUUUUCGUAACUGGGAGAUUUCGUAGCUUUAAGUCAUGUGCAAUGUAACUUUAUACAUGUAUAAUGUUAUAAUAAUUUGAUAUUGUGCAUUCUACUUGAUUUUUACCUAACUGAGGCUCUUAGCCAUAGAGUUAAACGUUUGUGGUAAAUGUGGUUGUAACAUCCUCAUUUGAAGGACACAUUGUUACUUGUUUGGAAAUGGUUAAUAAAAUCUAUGGGAAGACUUUUUGAAAGCAUAGAAUGCAACUGAACGGAAAAUAGCACACAUGGUUCAACACAUAAUCAAAGUGUGGGGAUACCUUUUACGGCCACCACCUGACAUUUAAAGAAUGCUUAUAACUGGUAAUAAAAUAUAUAAGAAAAUACUUUGGAAAUAUAGAAUGUGAGCAUGUUGAGCCACCUACGACAUCAUGCUUUCAAAAUGCGGAACACCCUUCCCUUGCAACGUUCUAACUUAUACAAUCCGCAUUAUAUUUCGACUUUGUCGUUUUAACAAGUAAUGAACUACUGAGGGUAGGGUGUUGCCAGGGACUUUUUGAUGACAUAAGUCAAUUAACCUGCUACGUAAUCAAUAUCAUUUGACAAAUAAUUUCAGCCAACUAUUUGAUUAGGAGUUUCGAGUUCUUGUAGGAGUACACCAGAGAAACUUGAGUAUUUAUCACCCCAGUAGGUGUGGUCUGGUGACAAACUCUGUACAGCAACGUCAUCACCUGAAAUAUGUUAAAAAGAUUUUCAAAAUUAUCAAUGAACGUACAUGAAUCCUAUGUAACCGUUUUACUUCGAAGAAACAGUGUAUGGUACUAGUACAUGUGUAUCUCCUUAGGAUACAACCAUUCGAUAUAUCAGACAUUCAUUUCAGAACACAAUGCUAACAGUUUGUCAAUGGACAUGGUAUCUCACCUUUCUGCAGUUGGACGAUAACGGUUUGUGUUGCAGAUCCGUGACGAUUGUCCGUGCCUCUCUCGAACAUCCUGACUACAUCAGAUCCAUUGAUUUCAAUUGCAACUGCAAAGUCUGCAUUUUGUCCGGAUAAUAUUGUAGUCGAAAACAUGUACAACCCAGAGACAGGUGCGACGAAAAGACCAUGAUGGUUAUUGUAGCCAUUGCCAAUAUUGGUGAUGACGUCAGAGAAUACGAUGUUCUGAUGGACGCCAAUAUGUUCGACAUUCAGUUGAUCAAGGGUAGCUGAGAAAGCUACUACCGUGCCGUCAUAAGAUUGCCUCCGACCUAUUUAGAUAAAUGAACUCUUGUAAGUUUUAAUGAUAGACGUUCUGGACAUAUUUGUAGGAUAUAGUGUAAGACUUGGCCUAAUAAAUUACCGCAAACAAUUCAGUUUUCACCUCAGUCCCAUUAAAGCUGCAAUUACCCGCGAACAUGUCAGUUGUGCGACAUUGGUGAUCUUGGACCGAUAGUGGAUAAGCCUAGCAGCCACACAAUAAGACUUAUCCUUGACUAGUCAACAGAUUGACAGAACUACUGUACGCAAGAUAUUGAGGGAUUUGCCGAGUGACCAUCAAAGACUACCUACGAUUGUCAAGGACGGCUGGCAGUGCGACUGGUUGUGACUGGUCGUAACUGGUUUAGACUUAUUAUGCAACUGAUUCAUGACUCCUCAGUCAAAAAAGGUGUUUGAUACAAACUGAUAAUCUAUAGACCAUAUUGAGAUUAUCGUGAGUAUGCAAAAUGAGUUAUUCGGUUCUUCUCACACAACCAUUAAAUGGCCGAUACAUGUAUUUGUUAAAUGUUCUGGUGACGGUUUAUGUGUUUCUAUCAAUACAUGAAGGAACUCGCAGCUUUCUUAUUUGUACAAUUCAUGCCUCCAUUUCGAUAUCGACACCAUACUGUUUCCGGCCCAAAACUUACUUCGAUUUUUAACAAUACUUUAAAUUGAAAUUUCUAUUAAUGUAUAUAUUGUGCAUAUGAUAUCUAUCAAUGUCCAGUUUGUCCUAAAAUUAGCGGUAUACGACCUAGCAUUAAAUCAUACAUAGUCAAAAAGUCCGUAUUUUCCUCCUCGAUAUAGGUAGAGAUCUGUCUCUGGUCAUUUUAUUUUUUGUAACUUUUAUGUUAACAUUUUUAUCUUAUUUUUAUCUUUACAUCUUUAUUCAUUAUUAUUAUGUUGUUAUUAUUAUUAUUAUUAUUAUUAU